AUGGCGACGGCCACAAUGACUAUGCCGCCACCCUCCAAAUCUAAGACAAACGCAAAGCUUCCUCCAGAGAAUGAACGUUACAUGCGAGCUUGCUCUGAUAUUGCUAACGUCCUUAUUCGAGAAUAUGAAGCUGAAACGGAUCCCAAAAAGCCAAAGAAAGAUCUUAAUCUGAACAGACUGCGCAACCAAAUCGCGAAAAAGCACAGUUUGGCCCAUCUGCCGCCCUUGACGGCCAUUAUUGCUGCUGUCCCGGAACAUUACAAGAAAUACAUCCUUCCCAAACUAAUCGCUAAGCCGAUUAGAACGUCUUCGGGUAUCGCCGUUGUAGCCGUGAUGAGCAAACCCCACCGUUGUCCUCAUAUCGCAUACACCGGUAAUAUUUGCGUCUACUGCCCUGGUGGACCCGACUCCGAUUUCGAGUACUCAACUCAGUCCUAUACCGGGUAUGAGCCCACGUCGAUGCGUGCUAUCAGAGCACGUUAUGACCCGUUCGAGCAAGCCAGAGGACGUGUGGAUCAAAUUAAAUCUCUUGGUCACAGUGUCGACAAAGUAGAAUAUAUUAUUAUGGGUGGAACGUUCAUGUCUCUACCCGAGGAUUAUCGCGAAUCGUUCAUCGCCCAGCUCCACAAUGCGUUGAGUGGAUAUCAGACCGACAACGUCGACGAAGCCGUCCAGGCCGGUGAGAUGAGCAAUGUGAAGUGUGUUGGUAUUACGAUUGAGACUCGGCCUGACUAUUGCCUGGAUACACAUUUGAGCAGCAUGCUUAGGUAUGGAUGUACACGAUUGGAGAUUGGCGUGCAAAGUUUGUACGAAGAUGUUGCCAGAGACACAAAUCGAGGCCACACCGUUGCUGCAGUUGCAGAAACCUUCAAGCUUGCAAAGGAUGCCGGGUUUAAGGUGGUCAGCCACAUGAUGCCCGACUUGCCGAACGUUGGGAUGGAACGUGACCUAUUCCAAUUCCAGGAAUACUUCGAGAACCCUGCUUUUCGAACCGACGGUCUCAAAAUAUACCCAACUUUAGUGAUCCGAGGCACUGGCCUCUAUGAACUAUGGAGGACUGGUCGUUAUAAGAACUAUACUCCCAAUGCCUUGGUUGACCUUGUGGCUCGUAUUCUUGCCCUAGUCCCUCCUUGGACCCGUAUCUACCGUGUCCAACGAGAUAUUCCGAUGCCGCUGGUUACUUCAGGUGUAGAGAAUGGCAACCUGCGUGAACUUGCUUUAGCCAGGAUGAAGGACUUUGGCACCACAUGUCGGGACGUCCGUACCCGUGAAGUCGGCAUUAAUGAAGUCAAGAACAAGAUUCGUCCAUCCCAGGUCGAACUUAUUCGACGCGACUACACAGCCAAUGGAGGUUGGGAGACCUUCCUUGCCUACGAGGAUCCCAAGCAAGACAUUCUAAUCGGCUUGUUGCGGUUGCGAAAGUGCAGCCCUACACACACUUUUCGCCCUGAAUUUACUGGCCAACAAACCAGUAUCGUCCGUGAGCUCCACGUGUAUGGCUCUGCUGUGCCGUUGCAUGGGCGUGAUCCACGCAAGUUCCAGCACCGUGGUUUUGGUACUUUGUUGAUGGAGGAAGCAGAACGCAUCGCGCGGGAGGAACACGGAAGCCAGAAAAUCAGUGUCAUCUCUGGUGUGGGCGUGCGUAGUUAUUACGCGCGUCUAGGCUAUACCUUGGAUGGCCCUUAUAUGUCCAAGAUGUUGGACCCUAUCGAGGAUGAAGAGCUAUAA